GCCAAAACUAAUUCCCGCCAAACCCAGAAGCCCUAAAUACCAAUUCCCUAGUUUAGUCAUCUUCGACAAUCAGAGUGCUCAAUGGCCGGAGAAGAUGAAGAAAAAAAUUCCACCGCGGCCGGCGGAGAAGUCCACCAACUCCAGAUCCCGUUAGGCCGAGUGAAGAAAAUCAUGAAACUGGAUCAGGACAUCAACAAGGUGAACGCAGAAGCCCUACAUCUGAUCGCUAGCUCCACCGAACUUUUCCUCGAAGUCCUAACGGAGAAGUCAGCGCAAGUCGCCUUAGAAAAGAAGAGAAAAACCAUAAAGCUCGAGCAUUUAAGAGUUGCCGUGAAAAGGCAUCAACCUACGAGCGAUUUCCUUCUCGACUCGCUUCCCGUGCCUUCACAGCCGUCCAAUCCUUCUCCUAAGAUUCAAAAUCGUCCUCGAUUAUCAACAGAGAAGCCGCUUCCUUCUGGAACACGACGAAUCGAGGCAUUCUUUCAGAAGUCCACUUAAAACUCGCUGUUCACAUUUCAGAGUAGAGCUUAUGAUUAUGAUUUGAAAAGAAGUUUUAUUUUCCUUGACUAAUUAAUACGAUUAUGCGUUGCCAGGGAGGAUCUACGAUUUCCAGACAUUUGUUAUUGAGGAGUAUUGCUGUAUCUAUUGGUACUAAUUUAUAACCUUGGGUGUUAUCUAUGUAUGAAUAGAAUCGACGUGGCGAGGACCGAAGGCAUUGCAUAUAUGUUUUGAUUCGAUUUAAUCAUUUUAGUGCACCUUCAUUGAUUCAUGAUCCAUA